GGCUCCAGCGGUGACUUUACACUUCUCAGUUGCAAUCUGAACUUGGACAAUGCCACAAGCAAUGAAGUGCACAGCGUUCGUUUUCAUUAUUCUCUUUGCUGCAUUAUUCGCGCACAUCAACGCCGAUUACGAGGAGAAGACGGAGGAUGAUUUCUUAAGCGCCGGCGAGCGUUGUUUCCAGCGUGAGCGUUUGGCCGCCUCCUAUCAGCGUCGCUUCGACAACUUUGAUUAUCCGGACGAGGAGCCGGUCCAGCGUUAUGUGCACUGCAUUUGGACAGAGUUGAAAUUGUGGAAUGAUCGCACCGGUUUCAACGUCGAACAUAUAGCGGCCCUUUAUCGCGAUAAGGCGAAUACGGAAGUGUUGGUGCCGAUAUUGAGCGAUUGCAAUCGGAAUGCACAGAAUGAGCCGACCCUCAAGUGGUGUUACAGGGCCUUCAAGUGUGUGCUAAACAGUCGGGUGGGUCAGUGGUUCAAGGAGGAUGUCGGUCGCAAAUUGGAAGAGCGGCGUGUGGGAAAUCAUGUCGCUUGAAUUGCUUCGCACACACAUACAUAUAUACAUACUUACGUUUGUUGUUUAUUUGCUGAUAAGCAAGCACAUCUGUUUGUGUAAAAAUAA